AGGUGGGAUGAGGCAUGAUGAAGCACACCAGGCUUUAUUUACAAAAGCUGCAACACACACAAACCUGCAGUCAGUGUGGCAUUUACUGCCUUUUUUUAUGCAGUGCACCCACAGCGAAACAGACACAUACAUUUUUGUGGUGUUUGUUUUUUGGCAGUGAACCAUCUUAUUGCUGCUUUGCUGCUGUAAUGCUCUCCUUAUUGAGCAACAAGUAGGGACACAAUCCAUUACAGUCGUUACAGAUUGUUUCAAAGACAAAACUAGUAGUUUAUGAUCAUUUCUAUAAUGAUUUCCCCAAUUUUAAUGCUUUAUCACCAGCUAAUUAAUGCAUUAUGUAUCAUGCACAAAUGUAUCAUGUGCACAUAUCAGUAAACACACGUUUGAGUAAAGUUACUUAAGGGAGAGACGAUGUUAAAGGACACGAGGUUGGCACAAAAUGAAAUACAGAAUGUACUGUACAUACACGUGCUGGCUGUGUUUUAAAUGAAGCAGUUUCCCUCAAGAACCAUUGGGGGAGCUAUUGUUAUAUGAAAGUGCAUCCCAUCAUAACCAUUAUAACAUGCUGCCCAGAGCUAUCAGCAACAUUAGAGUGGCAGUUAUAAUGUAACAGUGCCAUGUGGUGGUACAAGCCUCUCAGGACAGCUAAUAUGACUCCACAUUUAGACAGAAUUUUAACUCUUGUGUGUUGUUGUAAUCUCUUUUAUUCCUUAUUUUUGGAGUCAGACUGCUGUUUGUUUAAGAAUACAAACAACAAAUGAAAAAUAAAUCUUUUUUUCCCCUCUGACUUUAAUGAAUCCCAAUAUAAGUACUGUUUUUUACUUGCACAUUUAAUAAAUGUGACAAAAUUUGUAAAUGACCACAGAGCAUUGAUAUUACACCAAAGCAUUUCAUUAUGUGAGCUAUGCAAAAACACAUAGUGUAUUUACCAAAAGGUCAGAUACACUUAGACAGGCAGAUUAAUGUUCAUAUGUUAUUUUCAUAGAAAUAGGAAAAUUAAGUGUCAGUAUAAUAAAACAGUGUAAAGUGUGUUUUUUGAGCGGAGGGCUGCAGUCAGUGGUCCUCAACCAGGCGUCCAGGGACCCCCAAGAGUCCUUAAGGGAGUUUCAGGAGUUCCCCAGAAAAAUGGGCAAUAGUUUAUUUUCAUGUUUUAAUUCACCAUAUAAAUGAGUCCAGUGUGGGCAGGAGUAACAACAGUGACUACUCUGAUUUGAUUUAUUUAUUUUGAACAUUUCAAAAAAUUAAAUAAAAUAGAAAUACUGUAGAAAAAACCCUACAAAACAGAGACAAACGAUAAAUCAUGAACAGACUUACAAUGCAAAACAUAAAUUAACAUUUCAUGUCCAAAAAGGACAAGGGAGACGCAACAUGCUUGUCCAGCCCUAUCCCCUAUCCCACUAUACUAAUCCAUCACUAAUCAAACUAUUACAUAAAUACACUCUCCUCACCAUUAAUCAACCACACAUUCACACCACUGCACUUCUUAAUAUCUGAUAACCAAUAUUACCCCAUUUAUAAAACAAAUACAAAUAGAGAAUGCUGACAACAGUUUCACCCUGAGUACGCUUUACAUUCCCUUUAAUCAUCUCUGCCCCUUGUGGAGAUACUGUCUUUGUGCCUCUUUUAAAACUGUCUGAUAUCUUUACUUCAUUUCAUUUCUUCACCCAGUGUGUUCCACAAGAUCACCCCACAAACUGAUACACACACACACACACACACACAGAUACAUACUUUCCAGAGUGGUGCAAAAACAACGUUUCAAAUUUAGAUACCUCUUAAGUUAUACCCCGACUCUCUGUCCAUUUUUUGUAUGUUGCCAGGUAGGAAGUUACGUCUUGCUUGGUACAUGACUUGAGCCCUUUUAAAAUCCAACAGAUCCAUAAAUUUCAGUUCAUGUGACUUCAAAAACAGAUUAUUCUGACCUGAGCUUUCACUUCCUCCACAGUUAUUUCCUCACCUGUAGCUGACAACAAUAGAAAUAUGGUCUUGAUCACAUCUAACAACCAAAAUCGUUUAAACUGGAAGGCCCUGAAGGGAAACCUUAUUAAAUGUGAUCAUAAGUGCUAUAUCGUAGACAACUGGACUUGCUUGUGUUUCUUGAAGAUGUUUCACCUCUCUCCCAGAAGCUUCUUCAGUUCUAAAUGACUGGUACGGAGUUGCAGGCUCUAAACCCCGUGUGGGUGUUGACCCUUGUCAAGCUCUUAGUUUCGGAGUCGUUAACGUCACAAUGUGAGUCAUUGACCCACCUGGCCACCAUGUGAGUCGUUAGGGUCAGGUGGGACCAGGGGUGAAUGGGUGUGAAGUCGUCUGGGAAGGGAUCCCAAGACAGCAUUGUAGGUGGGUGAUAAGUGGUGUCGUAGGCCAUCCCCUCUGUUUAACGAUGGUCGGUCCAGUUUGAAGUAGAUGGCAAAUAUGGCAAAUAUGUGCACGUUGCUGUCCACAAAGGACUGUCCCUUCUCCUUUAGAUGUAAGUGGAUCAUGAGUCUUGACCUGAGGAGCUGGCUCUCCUGUGCUGUGCCAUGCGCUUGUGAAGUGGUUUGUUUAGUUUCGCCAGUGUAUAACUCUGUGCAUUCCUGGCUGCACUGAACUGCAUACACUACAUUACUCUACUAAUGUCUGGGUGUUCUGUCCUUUGGGUGGACAAGUUUCUGUCUCAGUGUGUUACCGGGUUUAAAGUCCACAUGUGGUGUUUGAGAUUGUCAGAUACUCCUGCGACAUAAGGGCCGACAAUGUUGUUUCGUUUUUGUGUCCUUACCUCUCUGUCUGCUCUGGGUCUUUUUGAGGUGUUUACGAAGGCCCAGGUGGGGUAGCCAACUGACCUCAUUAAAUGUGGGUCUUUUACCUAAUGUGUAUCAAUUCAGGGUAACAUGAAAAAGGUUGAGAACCAAUGGCCAAGUGUCUCAAGGACCCCAAAUAAAACAUAAUAGUUAAUAUGUACACUCAGAAGCUUUCACUGACAAUUGAUCUGUCAGUACUCUACUGUAUAAACUGUAAGGACAUUUAAGUCAUGUAGCAUAAAUGCUGCUAUGAAAAGGGACAAUGAGCAUCCAGCAGUGUAUGGUCACGUGUACUGUGAAGUACUGUACUUACAGUAAACAAGUAGAAAGGCAGUGAUAGAAGAAGUACCGAGAUAUUUUAGCAACACCACACAAAAAUACAUUACGAGUUAAAGUCCUGCAUUCAAAAUCUUUCGUACUUGACCCUUAACCCACAUACAGUAACGAAGCUUAGGGUCACAUUUGAAGCCCAUCAUGGGAAAAUGCUCAUGUUUUGUCAGGGCUGGUUUAGUAAACUUUUUUGUACACUUAUCUGACCUCCUGCCCUUUCUCACCCGAGCGCAGCUUAUCUACGUUGGUUUGCCGUGAUAAAAAGUGGAUAAUAACACGGUGAUGUUACACAAGGACAUGGCAUGUUUUGUAACUGCUGCAUCCGUAACCUUUGCGCGUGUGUGUGAGAUCAUGAAACCUUAAUUCGAGGUCAAGAAUACAGGCACAUUUUUGCACACACAGUGAUUGAUACUUGAAUAAAGAUGAUCAUUUUUCAUUAGAUAAAUACUGCUAUUUGCCUCCUGGACACAGCUAAACUCACUGUUAUCACUGUUAUUCAACAUUUAGGACUAAAAGCCAAAUUUCAUAAACACUAACACUUGACUAGCUAUAAACUUAGCAAAUGUCAUGUCUCUAUUUUCGACUUGUACCUAUUUGCCCCAUAAUUCCCCAACAAACACAUGUCAUACAACAAAACUUCACACAGAACUUCCUCAGCGUUUUAUUUGCUUUGCCCCACAUUGAUUUGGUUCAGAAUCAAAGUUUGGUAGCUCAGGGAAAGUUUAAACUGUUGCAACAUCUUGUGGUUAUUGAACUGCAUGAACAAAUACUGAAGCGGGAUGAAUCUAACCUCUCUUGUUCUAAGAGGGAAAGCAUGAAGUUGUUCAUUCUGGUGGCUCUGUUCGGGCUCGGCCUCGCCCAGCACAACCCCCACACCAAGCACGGCAGGACGGCCAUCGUCCACCUGUUUGAGUGGCGCUGGGCGGACAUCGCUGCAGAGUGUGAGCGCUUCUUGGGUCCAAAUGGCUUUGUUGGAGUUCAGAUCUCCCCUCCAAAUGAGCACAUUGUGCUGAACAGUCCCUGGAGGCCCUGGUGGCAGAGAUACCAACCAACCGGCUACAACCUGUGCUCCAGAUCCGGCAAUGAGAACGAGCUGAGGGACAUGAUCACCAGAUGCAACAACGUUGGGGUCAACAUCUAUGUGGACGCUGUCAUCAAUCACAUGUGCAGAGCUGGCAGUGGAGAGGGUGCCCACUCCUCAUGCGGAGGCUGGUUCAGUGCUAACAGGAAGGACUUCCCCAGUGUUCCCUUCUCUCAUUGGGACUUCAAUGACCACAAAUGCAGGACUGGCAGUGGCAAUAUUGAGAACUAUGGUGAUGCCAAUCAGGUGCGUGACUGUCGUCUGGUUGGUCUGCUUGACCUCGCCCUGGAGAAAGAGUACGUCCAGGGCAAGGUGGCUGACUUCAUGAACAAGCUGAUUGACAUGGGUGUGGCUGGAUUCAGAGUGGAUGCCUGCAAACACAUGUGGCCCGGUGACCUGUCUGCCAUCUACGGUCGCCUGCAUAACCUCAACACCAAGUGGUUCCCUGGUUGUUCCAGACCUUUCAUCUUCCAGGAGUUGUUUUAUGUUAUUGAUUUGGGAGGUGAGCCCAUCACAUCUAGUGAGUACUUCCAUCUGGGAAGGGUGACUGAGUUCAAAUAUGGUGCCAAACUGGGAACUGUCUUCAGAAAAUGGAACGGUGAGAAGCUGUCUUACACCAAGAACUGGGGAGAGGGAUGGGGUUUCAUGCCCAACGGCAAUGCUCUCGUCUUUGUUGACAACCACGACAACCAGAGAGGCCACGGUGCCGGUGGUGCAUCCAUUGUCACCUUCUGGGACUCCAGGCUCUACAAGAUGGCUGUCGGCUACAUGCUGGCCCACCCUUACGGAGUAGCCAGAGUGAUGUCUAGCUUCCGCUGGAACCGAAACAUUGUUAAUGGAAAGGAUCAGAAUGACUGGAUGGGCCCUCCCAGCCAUGGUGAUGGAUCCACCAAGCCCGUUCCCAUCAACCCUGACCAGACCUGCGGAGACGGAUGGGUGUGUGAGCACAGAUGGCGUCAGAUCAAGAACAUGGUUAUUUUCCGCAAUGUGGUCAAUGGACAGCCUCACUCCAACUGGUGGGACAACCAGAGCAACCAGGUUGCCUUUGGCCGUGUGUAUCGUGGAUUCAUUGUCUUCAACAAUGAUGACUGGAACCUGGAUGUGACCCUGAACACUGGCAUGCCCGGUGGCACCUACUGCGACGUCAUUUCUGGCCAGAAAGAAGGAAGCAGGUGCACUGGUAAGCAGAUCCAUGUCGGAGGUGAUGGCCACGCCCACUUCAAGAUCAGCAACAGAGAUGAGGACCCCUUCGUUGCUAUUCAUGCUGAGUCCAAGCUGUAAAAACAUCAUGUACAACUUCAGCAAUAAAUCUUAUGUUCAGACUUGAAUGAUGAA